AUGGCGUCCGAUCUCGUUUCGCAGGGCAACCUGAUGGGGCCCGACUCUGUCGACCCCCGCCUCAAGCACACCGAGCUUGAGGAGGAGCGCAUCGUCAACCCGGAGCUUUUUGAUGCCUCGAUUAACGAGCGCCCCGUCGAGGUGUACAUGUACUACGCCAAGAUUGAGCGUGAGCACGAGGACCACGACCCGCGUCCCAUCCCGGACUCGCCAUGGAGCGUCGUCUUCAAGCGCAUCACGGGCCGCAGCAGCAAGAUCGUUACCCCCAACCACCCCAGCCAGAAGAUGGCCAACUACCACCACGACAGCGACGCCGGAUCCGACACGAUGGUGGCUCCCACGCCCGCCGACGCCGAGAAGCAGUUCAAGCGCGAGAAGAUGGGUGCCGCUACCACUGUCGGUGCCCCCACUGAGGGCGGCAGCCCCUACCCCGGUGUCUCCGAGACGGCCUACCGCCUUAUGCGUGUUGCUUCUUGGCAGAUCGUUUUCUACCUGAUCACGACCGACAUUCUUGGUUUCUCGUCUGCGCCCUACGCCUUCCAGCAGCUCGGCUACGGCCCCGGUGUCCUCGUCUACACGUUCUUCUUCCUGCUCGCUUUCGCCGGUGGCCAGAUUCUCUGGCGCCUCUACAUGCACCUCGACUCGGAGAAGUACCCCGUUACGUGUUACGCCGACCUCGGUGAGCGCACGUACGGCAAGGCUGUCCGUCACAUCUUCAACAUUCUCCAGUCGCUGCAGCUCAUCUUCAACGUCGCCAUUCUCAUCAUCGGAUGUGGCACCAAGCUCGACACGAUCAUCAAGUACAAGUUCUGCUACAUUGCUCUCUGUGUCUUCUGGGCCCUUCUUGGUAUGAUCGCGGGCCAGAUCAAGAGCUUCCGCUCGUUCGCCUGGUUCACCAACAUCAACGUCUUCCUCAACAUCGUCAUGAUGAUCAUCAUGAUGGUCGGCUCCGCCAUCUACGAUCCCAUCCCUUCGCAGUCCGGCCACACCGAGCUCGGCCCCAUUCACCGCUCCGGAUGGGUCCCCAACUACACUGCCGGCUGGUACAUGCAGGUCCAGGGUGUCCAGCAGGUCGUCUUCGCCUACGGCGGUGCCAUGAUCUUCACCGAGUUCAUGGCUGAGAUGCGCCGCCCCCGCGACUUCUGGAAGUCUGCCUUCUGUGGCCAGUUCUUCUGUUGGUUCAUGUACAUGUUCUUCGGUCUGUUCGUCUACUCGUACCAGGGAGAGUACACCGCUAUCCUGCCCUCGCUCAACUUCGACAACUACCCGAUGCAGCUUGCGUGCAACAUCAUCGGCCUGAUCUCGACCGCCGUCGCCACUGUCCUCUACGCCAACGUCGGUGUCAAGGUCAUCUACCACAACGUGUUCCGCACCUACUUCAAGGCUCCCGAGCUCCACACCCGCAAGGGUACUUUCAUCUGGACCUUCCUCGUCAUUGGCUACUGGGCCGUCGCUUGGGUUCUCGGCUCUGCCGUUCCCAACAUUGCCUCGCUCUCCACCCUCAUCGGAGCCGCCUGUAUCCUGCAGUUCACCUACACGUUCCCGCCCAUCCUCCUGCUCGGCCACUGGAUGCAGACCGACGCGUGCAAGGGCGACGAGCCGUGGCAGCCUGGAGUGCCCGAGUACUCGAACCGCGUCGACUCGUGGCGCGACCUCUCGCGCUGGAAGCGCGGCUUCAAGAAGUACUGGUACGCCAAGAUCUUCCUCCUCCUCAUCUUCCUUGCGUCGCUCUCGCUCUGUGGUCUCGGCUGCUACGCCGGUAUCGAGUCCGCCAUCGACGCGUACAAGAAGAAGAACACCACCGCCUUCUCCUGCCGCGCCCCUGGCCAGCCUAAGUAG